AUAAAUAUAAAUUUAACGCUUAUUCUUCGUUCAAACCUCAUCCUUAUCCUUGUUCUCUCUUUACAAGCCCCUUAACCUACGCCCCACUCACCCUUCUUAACCUGCGCACCUUCCUCUUGUCUCUCGUUCGCCUGUCUGCUGACUGCCUUCUGAUCAGGAAACAACAACGAGAGCCGCCGGCGAUUGAUGAGAAGCAGUCCUAUCAUCUGGAAGCCCAAAAGAAGGAGAAGACGAAGGGGGAAAGGGUAAAACCGUAAACAAAAAUAAGAUCGAAGAAGAAGAAGAAGAAAUAAACGGUAAUAUUAUUCGAUCAUCCGACGUGUGGUAAUGGAGGUUCUGGUGGGUCCCACGUUCGGCAUCGGCGUUAGGGACCGGAGCGGCGGCUCCGAUCAGCGUAGGGUGGCGACUUGCCUGUUUCUGAAGGACGACGACAACAACGUCGCCGUGCCGGGGAAGGCCCUGGAGUCGGAGGACGACUCGUCGGAGAGUUCGUCCACGAUCGAAGCGCUAGACGAUAGCGAAGACGAGGACAACGACGACGCUUCCUCCAAGGAGGUGCGGAGCGGUUUUAGCGGAGGAGGAUUUGCUUCUUUGGGUUCUUUGGAAGACUCUCUUCCCAUCAAGACGGGAUUAUCGAGCCAUUUCAGUGGGAAAUCAAAGUCGUUUGCGAAUCUAUCAGACGCUUGCACUGUGAAGGAUCUGGAGAAAUCUGAGAACCCAUUCAACAAGAGGAGGAGAAUUUUGUUGUCGUCAAGGAGAUCUUCCUUCUACAGCACCUUCCACCCUAAAUCCAUGCCUCUGUUGGCUCUCAAGGAAGAUGAAGAUGAAGAUCAUCAUCAACAUCAACAGGGAUAUCCAUCGUCAUCAUCAUCGCCUUCCUCAUCAUCAUCAUCGUCAUUGGAGAAAAAGGAACAGGAAGAAGAUCGAGAACACCCAGAGAAACUUCCCAAAAAGUUGCUUGAUAGGAGGUUUUUGAGUUUCAAGUCGAGGAGUUGUUUUUCUCUCUCGGAUCUGCAAGAACAUGAUGAACAAGAUGAUGAUAAUGAUGAUGAUUAGCUUAGGCUUUUCCCUUUUUUUUUUUUUUUUUUUUUUUUUUUCUUGUUUUCUUUCCUUUUUAUUUUUAUUUUUUGGUAGUUGUUUCUUUGUCCCACUCAAAAACCAUAAUAAAAUAAUAAUAAUAAUAUAAAAUAUUAUCCUUUUUUA